AUGGUCACUCUGACUACCUCUGAUAACGAGACCUUUACGGUCGACAAGAAGGUCGCUGAGAAGAGCGUCCUCAUCAAGAACAUGCUGGAGGAUGUCGGAGAGAGCGAUCAGGCAAUCCCCCUUCCCAACGUUACUGCGAGCGUCUUGAAGAAGGUCCUCGAGUGGUGCGAGCACCACAAGGAUGACCCUGCGCCUCCAGAGAACGAGGACAAGGAUGAUACCCGCAAGAGGACUACAGAUAUCAGCGAGUGGGAUCAGAAGUUCAUCGCUGUGGAUCAAGAGAUGCUGUUCGAGAUCAUCCUCGCUGCAAACUAUCUCGAUAUCAAAGCCCUCCUUGAUGUUGGCUGCAAGACCGUCGCUAACAUGAUCAAGGGGAAGUCGCCUGAGGAGAUCCGCAAGCUUUUUAACAUCGUCAAUGACUUCACGCCCGAAGAGGAGGCACAGAUCAAGAAGGAGAACGAAUGGGCUGAGGAUCGUUAG